UGAUUACAUUAACGAAACUUCCUGUUUUGUACUUUGACUGGAUAGGAAACUUUCACAUACGUACGGUGGGGUUUCGGUUUUAUAAAUUAAGACCGAGUCUUUGAACGUUACAGUUAUUUUUAAAAUAUAUAUAAAUACUAUUGACUCAGUUGUGUAAGAGACGCUGUUUUGUUGGAAUCCGUUGGUUAUUUUGUUCUGCUCCUUUUUUGGUUGGAAGAAAAAAACGUAAACACAACAAGGGCGAAGUGAACUUUUCUGUCAAAGAAACAAAUAAAUAAUGGAGCUUCCACCAAAUCUCGCAGAGCGAGAACAGCAGGCUUUGACGCUGACGAUCAAAACCCCGAAUCAAGCGUUCGGGGAUCAGACCGUGCCCGGAGUGGUGCUGACCUGGACCGUGAAGGAGCUGAAGACGCAUUUAACCAGGAUCUACCCCAGCCACCCGCCUGAAAAAGACCAAAGGCUGAUCUAUUCAGGGAAACUGCUGCCAGACCAUCUGCACAUGAAGGACAUCUUUCGUAAGUCGGACACACAGCCUACUCUUCACCUGGUGUGCAGCUUUAAGCCCCCUUUGGAUUUGCAUCAGCCCACACAAGCCAAGCUUACAGAAAGGAAUCCGCGUGUGGACUCGGCCCAUGGCACUCCCAGCCAGGCUGUAGGAGCUGCCUCCCCUCCAGCUGCAGGAGACGGAUUGAGACACCGAGGAAACCUGCAGCAUGGAGCUGCCGCCUGGACUCACCCAGCGAUGCACACAGGAGGAGAUCCGCAGUCACACCCUGGCUUUGCAGCGUAUUCCAUGUACAACCCACAGCAGCUUCUCUGGCUCCAGCAGAUGUAUGCACGACAGUACUACAUGCAUUACCAGGCUGCUCUUGCAGCUGCAGCCGCCUCCCCUCCGGCCCCCAGCCCCCAGUCUCUGCCCGUGGUGCCCCACGGCGCCCCCGCCCUGGCUGACCAGGCCCCCGUCAACCAGAAUAUCGCGCCGCCCGCGCCCGUCAACCCAGGAGCCAAUCAGAACCUGCGCAUGAACGCCCAGGGCGGGCCGGUGAUGGAGGAGGAGGAGGAGCUGAACCGGGACUGGCUGGACUGGCUGUACACCGCCUCGCGCUUCUCCGUCUUCCUCAGCAUCCUGUACUUCUACUCCUCCGUGAGCCGCUUCGUGAUGGUCAUGAGCGCCCUGAUGGUCCUGUACUUGUACACUGCCGGUUGGUUUCCAUUCAGACAGAGACCCGCACAACCGGUUCCAAACAAUCCAGUCCCCGCGCGGGCAGCCGAAGACAUCCAAAACCAGGAAAACCAGGAAAACCAGGAAAACCAGAACCGCAACAACCCUCCGGAGGACAUGUCUGGGGAGGGGCAGGAGCAGGAGCAGGGGCAGGCGGAGGCUCCGCUCCCAGCCACGCUCCCCGAGAGGCGCUCAGUGGUCAGCACAGCCUGGGUGUUCUUCAAGACCUUCUUUUCCUCUCUCAUACCCGAAGGACCUCAAGCGAUCGCAAACUAACAAGGAGAGCAGCGAGCUGAUUAUGUACACCGCUGGCGUCUCCACCAGUUGGCAGCACUGCACAGUAAGUGGCAGGGGUUCCAAUGUAGCUGGCUAUCGCUCCCCCUCCACUCCCUUUUUAUACCUGAUCUCAAUGUGUGAUGAGGCAGUCUGGACUCUGGGGACGCAAUAUACAUUUAUAUGUUAGAUACUAUUGAACGCCAAGGAAGGCAUCAUCAGUUCACAGUACAGUCCAUUUCUACUCUUAUUCAUGCAAACAACAACCCUGUCUCUGAAGCGAUGCCCAUAUCUUCAAUCAGACCUUUAUUGUAUAUUGUAUACCUGUAUAUACUGUAAAUAGAUGCACACUGGGAAAUACAUACUGGUGUACAGUAUCACCACUGCACUUUAUGUUCUCGACCAAACGUAAAAUCUCUGUGCCAUAUUUAUACCCCUGUAAAAGCAAAGAUUUCUUUUUUCAAAUUUUUUUUUUUUUUUGUCGGUACACCACUUCAGUAUCGUAAACAAGCUUCAAAAAUCUUUUGUUGAUCAAUCUUAAUGACAAUAAAAAGUACAAGUACACGACCCUUUUACAGUCCAGUACAUUGCUUGUGCCUUGCAAUGUACUAUCAACAGAGCCAAAUUGUGAAUGAACCGGACUUGUGAGAUACCGUGGGAGCGCUGUGUGUAACUCUUCAGUGUAGAAACGCGUGGGCUCUUGCUGCAGUACCUGCUGCAGUGUCUUCUAGUUUAAUCGGUCAUUAGAAACCGCUGGGUCCCCAGUGCCAGUGUUGUAGGGGUCUUUAUCAUUUCAAACAUGUUACUGGAGCUGAGCUGCAGUUCUACAUUGUUACCCGGAGAGUUGUAAAGAUAACCGGUACAGCAAUUCUAUUCCAGAAGCUUUCAACGUCGUAAAUAAACAAACAGAACCUUGAUAUUUUGCUGUGCUCUCUAUACAUUCUCUUACUAUUAACUGUAAAUGUAGGAACAUUAUACCAAGGAUUACUUUAACUGUAAAUUUUGUAAAAAUUCUUUCUUUGAAAAGAGGCUGGAUCUGUUAGUUGUAUUAUAUUCUGUGUAAUCAUGGCAAGGCUCCCUUGAUCCAAACUGAAGGUGUAUCUGUUUAUUUUCUAACAGUACCCACUGGAGAGGUUUGGGUGAAAGGGGCUCUGUUCUAUCUCUAGUAUAUACACAAACAAUGCAGUCCCAGUUCUUGUUGUAAUUGUUUCGCGUCAGUCAGCUGCUACCAGCGACUCCGCUGUCGUUUGUCGCCUAUAUGCAGCUCUUUGUUAUGAACGAUCUUGAUAUAAUAAUUCAGUAUGUUUGUGGUAAGCUUUAUUAAUUAAUAAAGGUGCAUUUUGCAUCAA